AUGGCCUGGCCAUUUUCUGUACUGGUGGCCCUGGUGGCGCUUACCAUCAUGUCAUCGUGCUCUCUGGGCUGUGACCUGCCUCAAACCCACAGCCAGGGAAAUGAGAGGGCCUUGACACUACUGCAACAAAUGAGGAGAAUCUCCACUUUCUCCUGCCUGAAGGACAGAGAGGACUUUGGCUUCCCCCGCCAGGAGUUCGAUGGCAAACGGAUCCAGAAGGCUCGGGCCAUCUCUGUCCUCCAUGAGAUGACAAGCCAGACCUUCCGCCUCUUCAGCACAGAGGAUUCAUCUGCUGCCUGGAACAAUAACCUGCUGGACACCUUCUGCACUGGCCUCCACCAGCAGCUGAGUGAUCUGGAGGCCUGCCUGACCCAGGAGGUGGGGCUGGAAGAGGUGCCGGUCCUGCAUGAGGACUCCAGACUGGCUUUGAGGAGAUACUUCCACAGGAUCACUCUCUACCUGAAGGAGAAGCAAUACAGCCUUUGUGCCUGGGAAGUUGUCAGAGCAGAAAUCAUGAGGUCCUUCUUGUCAUCAGGAAUACUUGCAAGAAAGGUGAAAGACUAA